GCGAUUUUAUCAUUUACUAUCAACCCAUGCGCUCAAGUAUCAUGUUCAACUGGGAUGAUAAGAGUGAGUCAGUUGUAGUUUGUUGUUGUUUAUAGCAAAAAAUGUAUACAACAAAAAUGAUGAGCGAAAGGAUAAAGAUGAGAAACAGUGAAAUGUGAAGUUAUACCAUUCUGAAUAUUCUUAUGGAACCAAUGGAAUGUAUUAAUUGAUUUUUUUUGUGAAAUUUCCAUUUUCUGCUGAUUCUCUGUUUCAUAAUUUUUAUCAUGAUAUUCAUUGAAAGAUAUCCAUUCAAUGGUCAACCUUUUUAUCCAUAUUAUUGUUACUCUUUCUUUGAAUUGUUUACAAUGUUUUUCCUUCUUCUCAAUCCAACCACAUGCCAGUCAACUUGGACUCGGGAUAACUCAACUUGUCCAGUUCAAUGUAAAUGCUCAUUUAAUCCAUCGAAAUGGGUUAAUUCAACGCUUCGAACGGUUGAUUGUUCGUUGAAGGGUUUAAAACUUUCUACUUAUACUCGAGGUGAUCUCAAUUUGCCAGAACAUACUCAAUCUCUUUGGUUGAAUGGUAAUCGGUUAAACAACUUGUUUUACCUUUCCUCAUUCAUUAACCCAUCCAAUCCUGAUAGUCUAAUUGAACUUGAUCUUUCACACAAUUCAAUUAGUUCACUGGGUCGGUCAAGUUAUCAUCAUCCAUUUUCAACUUUAACUCACCUUAAAUAUCUUAAUCUUUCCGCAAACGGAUUUAAAACACUUUAUCCAGGAGUUUUCAGAGGAUUAAAGCGCCUUGAAAGACUUGAGAUUAACUCGGGUUCAUUAAUGUACUUGGAUGAACAUGCUUUUGAUGGACUUGAAAAUCUGGAGCAACUUUAUCUACAAAAUAACCGAAUUGGUUCAAUUUUUCUGGAACUUUUCCAAUCAAUUGUUAAUCUUCAUGUGUUGAACUUGGAUGGCAACAGUAUAACCCAUCUGACUGGAGGAAUAUUUACUUCACUCAACAAUCUGAGACAUUUGAGCAUUUCUCGAAACUCUUUACACACCUUGGAUGACAAUUCACUGGUUGGACUGGAAAUGCUGGAAACUCUAGACCUUUCUUUCAAUCAAUUAACCAAAGUGCCCACAAUAGCAUUACAAUCAUUGAAACGAAUCAAAGAUGUUAAUUUAAGUGGAAAUCGGUUAACAGUAUUAAACACUCGGGAUUUUGUUCAUCUUCCAGUAAACAGAAUAACUGUUUCCUAUUGUAAAGAGUUGACUUCAAUUGAAAGAAUGGCAUUCUGGGAUUUACCAGAUUUAACCCAAGUAAACCUAACCGAUAACCCAAAAUUGCGUUACAUUGACAACUUUGCCUUUACUGGAACACCGAGGUUGAAUCAAGUUUACCUUAAAAACAAUUGCUUGCCAUCACUAGACAGUGAAUUGGUAAACAAUAUCAACAACCAAAAGGUUACAAUUAAUCAAAAUAAUCAUUACCAUGGUCAUCAUGGUAACUCACAUGUUAACCAUCAUCAUCAUCAUCACCAUUUGAAACAACAACAGCAACAUCAAGGCGAACCUUUAACCAUUUCAUUGGAAGCAAAUCUUCUUCUCUGUGAUUGUAAUUUACAUUAUCUUCAUCAGUGCCUAAAUUUAGGAAAUCCAAGUAAAGUGUUAUUAAUUAAUAGUGAUAAAUUAACUUGUUACCAUCCAGCCAAUAAAACAACUCUGGCAAUUAAAGAUAUUGAUAUUAAUGCAAUACCAAGUGAAUGUGCACCAAUAAUCAUUUCAACGCCGCCAUUGUCUUCCAAUGAAACAAUUGUCCUGAAUGGUUCAAUUGGUGACAAAGUUAACCUAAACUGCCGUGCAAUUGGCCAGCCAACACCAUCAAUAACAUGGAUUUUACCUUCAGGUGAUAUCUUCAAUGAAUCCUCAUCAGUGGGAGCAACAUCUCAUGUACAAUUGAUUAAAUCAACAAAUCAGUUGAGAUUGAAUCAUUUAAGGUUAAGUGAUUCAGGAAGGUAUAAAUGUAUAGCUGAGAAUAGGCAGGGUUCAGUUGAAGUUACAUUCAAUUUGAUUGUUGAACACUUUAAGGUGCAAAUCUGGCCUCUAGGAAUUUCCUCCACUUUUGUCUCAGUUGUUUGGAAUGGUACAUCACCGUUGACCUCUUCCUUGCCUCAAUCGUUCUCACCCUCAGAACCAUCACCAUUGUUGGCCUCAUCAUUGGCUUCACCCAUCUCAUCCUCAGUGGUAUCAACAUUAACAUCGGGUUCACUGCCAGAGUAUCAAAUAUUGUACAAGAAUGAGGAUGAUCCAAGUGAUCGGUUUGAAGCCAUUUCUGUUGGACAUUAUCUUCGCAGUUAUACAAUAGACCAUUUGGAGCCUCGAAAACGGUAUAAACUUUGCAUUGCUGUUCGUGAUUCCGAAUCUCAUGGUAGUUAUAUUCAGUUGAGCUGUACUUUGGUCACUACUUCUUCUGAUUCCUCUUUGACUUAUUCCUCGUCUUCUUCGUCUUCUUCAACUUCCAAAAGUGAACAUUCCUUUCUUCACGAUUCCUUUGCUCCAGAAACUUCUUCUUACAUUGCCAUUGCUUUGACUUUGUCUUUAACUGCUUUGUCCAUUGUUAUUCUUGCCUUUACUGUGCUUGGUGCUCGAAGGGUUUUCCUGGUUGUUAAUCGUGUACAGCAACAGCGACACUUUGAAACGCCACAGAAGAGUUUGGUUCAAAACAUGGAUCCAAUACCAUUAGCUAAUAUACCUUUUGAUCAAGACAUUUGAACUGACUUCUGAUAUUGUAAUAAGAAUGGAAAUUUUUUUAAUAAGCAAAUAUAUAGAGAUAAAUAUAUUGUUAUAUUGUAUGCACAUUGAAAGUGUAUUGUUAUUAGACAAGAAGAUGAACAUUGUUAUGUUAUAAUGAUGAGUUGUGAGAUGAAAAGUAAGGCUGAUUGGUGAUGAGAAGCAAAAAGAUAACCCAAAAAGUAAGAUUUAAUAUAAUGUUAUGUAAAGAAGGUUAUAAAAGAUAAUUGGGUUCAUUGGAACGAAUUAAAUAUAUGCAAUCUAAGUUUAAUUCCCAUAAGAAUCUUUUAUUGGAGUGUUUUCUGUGGUUUCUUUUUCUGGUUCCCUGAUAUUAUUGUGCGUAAUUGUGGAUAACAUUUUGUUUGUACAUACAAAAGGUCUAAGGAAAGUCAAGUAAGAAAAGGUUUACCCAAAAAAAACGUAAUUAGAAAGAUUGGAUUGGACGUUAAUUGUGUUUAGUAUAAGGAGAUAUUUUUGGGUUAAAAGUGGUUGUUCAUCUCAAUGACAACAACAGGAACAAUCAAAUAAAAAUCAUGUUCAAUUUAUGUGCAUCACUAUCAUCAUUAAAGGUAAUUGCAGUUUGACUUUUACAGUGAAUACAAUUGCUUCUCCAAGAAUUAACAUUCUGGUCACAAAAUUAUUUGGAUCAGCAUCAAUCUUUGGCAUCACUUCUACUUUUUGUUUCACUGUCAACAACAUUAUCAACGUUAUCCUGUUUCAUAAGGAAUAUUGAUUGUAAAGAAAGAAAACUGAUUGAGGAUGAAAUAAUUUAUUAAAAUUAACGAUUUAAUUGAACUGUUUUGCUAUAAGAAAACAUUACUCUUGCUUUAUGAUAUCAAUAUGUUCCACUUUUUGUUUGGUUUAUUGAUGCUCUUGAAAACCUUUUAUUGAAAUUGAUUGUAUUGAUUUUUUCUUUGUAUUAGCGAAAGAAGAAACAAUAAUCAAAACUCAGAAUCACCCAAAAUUGUAAUUAUUGAUGCAUUUAUUUUGAUAGAAUCGCUUGUUAAUAGAUAAAUCAUAUCAUCUCAAAUUUUCAAUACAAAUAAAUAUAUUCCAACAGCUGAUUGUUGGUUAUUAAGUCAA